UCUUGGUGUGUUCAGACGUACUACUCUAGGUCCUGUUCUGAUGAUCGCCACAAAGAUGCACGCUGUGGUUCAGCUCAAGGAAAACAUCAAUAUUAACAACAGCAACAAAAAGAUGGAUGUGUCGCGGGUACGAAGGUGUUUAUUCGGUAAGCCGGAUAAGGACAGUCUUAAAGCUGAGGUUUCAAAACUCUAUGCCAAAGAUUGUGCAGAGGCCAAAUCUCGUUGGAACUAUGAUAUCCUUAAUGAUGUACCAGAGGAUGGGCCUUUGAAUUGGGUACAAACCACGGAUUGUCCAGAUUUCUACAAAAAAGGAUACACAUCAAAAUUCCGACGUGUGAUACCACGUGUGCCGUGCAAUUCUGUUUUUAAUAGGGAUUACAGCGACGACAGUGACGAUGAGUGUAAUUAUAAAAGAGUAUCUAGUGCUACCAGCGAUGAGGACAAUGAUGUGUUAUCUAGUCAUACGGAUUUGUGCAAUAAAUCGGACGAGGAUAGUAAAAGUCACAGUUCUACAAUCCCCGCGAAACUCGUACAAACACACAUGGAUGCAUAUUUGAGGAAAAGAAAAAGAGCAGUCCCUUCAAGCACAACAUCAAGCAAGACAAGAAGACUGGAAUGAAGAGAAAUUUUUAGUCUAUAUAUACAGAUUUUGCAAACAGAAGUGCUUUGUUGCCAGAGAUGAUGUGCCAGUCAGUCGGUGAAUGAGGACAGAGGUGGUAUUACGGAGAGCUGGGACCAGACAUAAAUGGACAGAGCCCUAUUGUCCGUCUGGACACAGUGGCCAGUCUUCCAGCACCUCAAGCACUGGACACAUUGGGACCAUACUUGCCAAUAGUGAACGAGUACCAAGUGUAGAUUCAAGGACCAAAACAGAAAUAUUGACUUGUAGUGCGGCAGGAUCCGUACUUUUUCUACAUUUAAUUCUUGGCCAAAAUUUGAAGAUUGAUAUGUCUUGCCGACAGAUAUUAGAUAGAUGUAAAAUUUUCUGAGUUACAAGUAAAAGACAAUUAUUUUGCAUUUUCUGUGAGAAGGUUUGAUUGUAUUAUGAUAAUUUUCUCUUUUUGUUUACGAAAAAAAAAGAUGUUUGUCAUCCUUGGAUUUGUCUACCCCGUACAUCAGUUGUUCACUAUGUGCCCAGUAGGUGUCGCUACUGGUGAUCCUGUGUGGCAUAUUUGUCAAAAUAAACGAAUUGAUGUUACUAAAUGCAGAAUGAAUGUUUCAAAUAUUUAUAGUUUGAUGGCUGAGAACUGUAAUAUAAAUUUUUAUCCACGAGUGAAAACUACAAAACUUACCAUUAAAUGGUAUACAUUUUUUCUCAAUUAACUUUAAAUCAUUCCAAAAAAUAUCCAUCUGAUAUUUACAGCUGAUAACAUCAGGCACAGAUGCCAAACAAGGCGAAAAAUAUAAUUUUACAUCUUUGGGAGAAAUAUUUUUAUUUUUAUCUUUGUGGAGCAAAAAAUAUUAUUUUAUUUUGUGUUAUUGUGUUUUCCAUAAUACACUGCCCUCAUUUUCCAAGUUUGUGAAGAAAAGUUUAAAACCCUUGUGCAAUUCUAUAUAUUUGUGUAACUGCAGCUGCUGGCUCACACCUGACCAGGUGUAAGCGAGUAGAACUGUGGCCGAUCUCAUUUGCAUAUUAUCAUUUUAUUUAUUGUUUGCCUUAAAUUAUGUUCUAACUUAAAAUACAUUUAAGCGAAAUGUAUAUAAUAUAUGUAUUACAUGAAUUAUUUGUGAAAGCAAAUAAGAGGACUCCUAUUUAUGAUGUUGGAUCUGACUUCCUUUAGUCAGAAUAAAAUUAUUUAAUUCAAAUGUAAAUAUUUAACAAAAAAAAAAACAAUACAAACAAAUGUUAGCAGAAUUUGAAGAAAAGUGAUUGCUAUGGAAUAUGGAAACAGUUAUUUUAGGAGAUAAUUUGAUUUUAUUACAAAAGAAAUAUUCAAUUUUAAUCUUUGGCGUUUAUCACCAUAUCUUGCCUAUCUUCUAUCUCCCUUUUUAUUAAUUAUGUACAUUUCAAGAAUUUUGAUUUCGUUCUUUUUCUACUCUUUAAAUCCUCUAUGAUUUAUUAGACAAGUUUAAGGAAAUUUAAGAGAAGAGAUCCACAGUUAAUGUAUGGUAAAUGACAUGGAGAUUGGAAGGUUUAAAGAAUAUCUUCAUGUUUACAUCUGAAAGAAAGUAAAAGAAAAAAAGAUAACAAAAUAUGAAUGUCUGGUUGGAGUAAAUAGAUUUGAGGAAUCUUUAAUUAGAACAUAUAUUAAUGAAAUGCAUUUAACAAUUAACAACCAUCAUGUCAUUUACCGUAACACUUCACGAUCCAGAUGAAUCCCUAUAUUGAAUUGAUCUCGUUUUAUGUUGAGCCACAAUCAUCUUUGGUGAAAACCAAACCUGAAAUAUUUUGAUUAAUUUGUCCAUAUUAAAGAUUUAGUUGUGUAGUUUCAGAAUUACUUAUGUGUUCAAAUUGGAAAGGUUUAGUCAGGAUAUGAAAGUGGAGAACGAUAUUCGACUUGGUCGAGUUUUUUAAAGAUUUUUUUCUGCGUGAAUGAAUGGAUAAAUAAAGAAUGUAAGAAGGAGUGAAUGUUGAAUGAAAUUAAAGCAUGGAUUUUUUUUUAGUUAAAUGAACAGUGCAAAGACUCAAAACGCUCAUCAACUUGUUUCCAUUUAUCAUAGUUCAUCAAGUGCAACUUUGUUGUGUUGUCAAAAAACUAUUUCUUGUUGAUGCUGAAAUAGAUAAAAAAUACUGUAAAAGAAAAGAAGAAGAACCCAAUAAAAUUGAAGGUUUACAAAAUA